UGCAAUAAUUUACUGCCAAGUGUUGGCAAUAAUCAUACCUGAUAUUGAAGGGCAUUACAAGGAUCAUGAUGGGGAGAAUUCUACUCUUUAUGGCAUUAGCUCAUCAAAUGGUGUUGUAUUCAUUGGCAGCUGGUGAAGACAUCAGGCUGGUCAAUGGCACUAGUCGCUGCUCGGGGACAGUAGAGAUUCUUUAUAAGGGCCAGUGGGGAAGAGUGUGUGGUCAGAAGUGGGACGUAAACGAUGCCAAUGUGGUGUGUGGCCAGCUGGGCUGUGGGAGGGCUGUGAGUGCCCAAGGUACUGCCCACGUAGGUCAGGGUAGUGGUGGCAGACCUACUUGGCUGGAUGAUGUUGGGUGUGACGGCAGUGAGAGCUCCCUGACAGAAUGCUCACAUGGAGGAUUGAAACACCAUGACUGUUUACAAGUUCAAGAUGCCAGUGUUAUCUGCUCAGUCAAACCUAACAUCAGACUGGUCAAUGGGAGUGACCUCUGCUCUGGGAGGGUGGAGGUCUAUCAAAUUGGUCAGUGGCUAACCGUGUGUGAUGACGUGUGGGACUUGAAUGACGCUGCUGUGGUGUGUAGACAACUGGGCUGUGGGAGAGCUGAUAGUGCCCCAGAGAAGGCCUACUUUGGUCAGGGCAGUGGGCCCAUCUGGCAGGAUGAUGUUGGCUGCUCUGGCAGUGAGUGCUCCAUCACACAGUGCCCACACACAGGAGGAGGAACACAUGAAUGUAAUCAUGGUAACGACGCAGGUGUUAUUUGUUCAGGUGUUGUCUUGCAGAAGCCUUCACUCUCCACAGACCCAUCCAAUUCUGCCUUCUUGCAUGGAGAGGAGAUCCAACUCACCUGCACUCUUCCAUCCCGUAUCCUCUGUAAUGCUGUUGAAUUCCGCUUCUAUCUGAAUGGAGACUCCAUCAUGAAUGUGACUGUUGGAUCCUCACAGCCCAGGGCUACUUUAACAAAGUUUAAGAUGGAUGCUUCACACCAGGGCAGUUACCGCUGUCUCUACAGAACCCUCUCCAACGGCCAAGCCAUCAACUCCCCUUACAGCAACGUUACUAAAGUGGUCCUGCUACAGCCCAACAUCUCUCUCAGUCCUCCAAAUGAAGGGAUGUUUUGGGAACCUCAGGGGCCAGAGGUGAUCAGGGGCCACAGCUUCUCCAUCACCUGCUCCAUUCAGCCACAGUAUCCUGGAGGCCUCUUCUAUCUGGACUUCUCUGGGUCCAACAGAACUGAGACUACGCCUGCAGUCAACCACUCUGCCUCCUUCCACUUCCCUGUUGCAGAGCAUAAAGACCAGGGGAAAUACAGCUGCAGCUAUGGAGUCAACGUCUCCACCCGGUCAUUCAGGUCGGCUAAUAAUGAACUAGCUGUCACCAUUAGAGCGUCCAUGGUCCCCAUCAUUGUUUCUGGAGGGACUGGUGGGGUAGCACUGCUGUUUCUGCUUCUGCUUGUCAUCUGUCUAGUCAGCUGGAGGACAAGGAGGAACAGAAAGCCAUCUACAGAGACUGACCAGAGAGAAUGUAUUGACAACAGACACAACAGAGGGGAGGAAAACGAAGAGGAAGAGGACUAUGUAAAUGUUGAAAGUCUGGAGAGAGUCACGGGUGAAAAGAAGAAUGGGAAGGAAAAAUUGCACAGCUAUGGGAAAUCAGAGGAUGUCUAUGACAACGAGGAGGGAAACGUUCAAAGAAAGGAUGUUUGUGGGGGGUCUCAUGAGAAAAUGAAUAGUGAAGACGAGGAAGAAGAUUACGUUAAAGUCUCUGCCUAUGAUAAUGCUGUAGCACGUGACGUGAAUGAAGACAUUUAUCAAAACCUUUAGGAAAAGUAACAGUGGACUGUAUGCAACCUGUCAAUAAAGUGUAUGCAACCAUCAA